AAAUUAUCGUUUUCUCUACGAUCUUUCGUCACUUCUCGUUUCGCUGUUCUGAGUCUCCUUUCACCGCCCAAGCUGUCUCUCCCUCUACCCUCUCGAAUCUGAAAACCCUAACCCUAGCUCCUCUGAAACCCUGAUCUAAAAAAUUCUCCGGUUCUCUUUCAAUUUCGUAUUAGAAACGUCAUCACGGUUCGGAUCUCAGCGAUCUCUCUCGUUUUCUCGUUCGAAUGGCGGAAGAAAAGCGCGAUCUGAGCAAGGAUCAUGGAAGAGGUGGUACACUAGGAGGAGAAGGAAAUGAAGAUGAGAAGGUUCCCAUGGGGUUUGUUGAUGAAUCCAAAGAUCAAUUGACUUCUGAGAACAGUAUACCUUUGUCUCCCCAGUGGCUAUAUGCUAAACCUACUGAAAGCAAGGACAUGCGCCAUGGAACCUUGUCAGAUACAAUUCAUAAAGAUUCUUGGCGACUGGAUGGAUCUCAGGACAAGAAAGAAUGGAGAAGGAAUGUUCCUGACAUAGAACCUCGUCGCUGGCGUGAUGAGGAGAGGGAAACUGGCUUGCUUGGUAGGAGAGAGCGCAGAAAAGAAGGAGAUCGAGAGAAUGAACACCGUAAGAAUGACCGCCGUUCUGACAGUAAUUCCACCAGGGAAAGUGCUGAUUCUAGGUCUUUGCCUACUUCUGAUCGGUGGCAUGAAGUCACGGGUCGUAAUUCUGCACAUGAAGGGCGGCGUGACAACAAAUGGUCAUCUCGAUGGGGUCCAGAAGACAAAGACAAGGACUCUCGAACUGAAAGAAAGGUGGAGGCGGGGAAGGAGGAUCAGCAUUCUGAAAAGCAAUCAUUUGCUGGUAACAACCGUUCACUGACCGAGUCUGAUUCCCGUGACAAAUGGAGGCCACGCCAUCGUCAGGAAGCUCAUUCAGGCGGGUCAUCAGUUUAUCGUGCUGCUCCUGGUUUUGGUUUAGACAGAGGUCGAGUGGAGGGUUCAAAUGUGGGAUUUUCUCCUGGAAGGGGUAGAGCUAACUUUAACGGAGGUCUGCCAUUGAGCAGUGAAUCAAAUGCUAGACCUAUUGGUGCAGCACCUGUAAAUAUGAGGGACAUUCUGCAUGGGAAGUCUGGCAUAUCUAAAGGUACAUAUCACUACCCAAGGGGUAAACUCCUUGAUAUAUAUAGAAAACAAAAGGCACUCCCACUUUUUGAUCAAACACCUGAUGGUCUUGAGGAUGUUCCUUCAGUAACUCAAUCGAGCUUAAUAGGACCGCUAGCUUUCAUAGUUCCUGGGCCGGAGGAAGGGGCUGUUCUAGAUGAUAUUUCAAAGGGGAGAAUUGCUAGCAGUGAAGUUUCUUAUAAUACAAAUAAAGAGAUGAUGGCAGGAAAUGGUGACUGUGAGGUAGACGCUGGAGGCAUGACUCUGGUUGAGAAUAAAGAAAAAUCACUGAACGAUUUAACUGGACACGGCAGUUCUCACAACAAAGGGAUAAAUGUAUUAGAUGAUCCAGACUCAAACUUUGAUGAAUCUUAUAAGGUAAAUUAUGUGAGUAGCGGGUCGGAUACUGGUGCUGUAACUGAAUUUGUUUCAGGGGAUGGUGUUCACUAUAAUAGCAAGGUGACAGAUCAGUUCCUUGCCAAUACUGAACAGCAGGUUGUUGGGAAGAAUACAGUGAUUGAAGAUAGAAAGCUCGAGGGAACUAACUCAAUUUCUUCCUUUGAUGUUAGUACAAAGCUACCUGAUGACUCGAAUUCUCUAUUUGAUAUGCCAUUUGUCCAGGACAUUCCAAGUGAAGGUGCACAAUAUCAAAAUAACAAGGAAGUGAAGAUUUUUAAAUCUACUGUUCCUCCUGAAGAAAUGAGUUUGUUCUAUCAAGACCCUCAAGGAGAGAUUCAGGGGCCGUUUUUAGGUGCUGACAUAAUCUCAUGGUUUGAGCAAGGAUUUUUUGGUAUAGAUUUGCCUGUGUGUUUGAUAGAUGCUCCAGCCGGCAUGCCAUUUCAGCCACUUGGUGAAUUAAUGCCACACUUGACAUUAAAUUCUAACGGCGGCUCUGUCCAGUAUCACAUCGAAGAAUCUGAAUCUUUGGAUAUUUUAAGAGGCAAGCUGGAGGUUGAUGCACCUGCUUCUGAUGGUACUGGUUCUUUUGCUGGUAGUGAGAAGCGAUGGACAUCAUCGAGAACUGAGGAACCUUUGGAUCCUCAUAUUCAGCCUAGAUUGGUUGAACAUAAUGAUUCUGCGGAUUCUCACUGUGAGAAGCUGCCAAUCUCAAAUUCUAAAAAUCUCAUGGGUGUUCCUUGUUCUGAAAGUCAACAACUUCAUGAUUUUUCUGGACAAGAAAUUGAAGAAGUACUGUAUACAGGGAGACACACUGGUAGCAUGGAGAAUCCUUUAGGGAAGCUUGCUAAUGACCUCCGUGAGUUGUCACAGAACCCUAAUGCUCACUCAUUUUUGGCCAAUGAUAUGGGACAGCCCAAGCCAUCUGGUCAUAACAUUCCUACAGAGAAUGAGCUUAAUCCUCUUGGAUUAUUGUGGUCUGAACUGGAGGGAGCUCAUCCAAAGCGUCCAUUAUCUUCUAACCUGGCUAACGUCAACAGCCAUGGGCGUGUCAUGAAUCCUGUUGGUGGGAUGGAUUCCCAUUUCAGUUUAAUAGGAGAUUCCUCAGGCGUUCAUGAUGGUUUGCACAGUAGUUAUAGACGUACUACUAGCUCAGGUGUUCUUCAUGAUGCUGCAAAUGCAAAUCACUUAGCACUGAUUGAGCAAGAAGCUGGUCGCAUUAGUUUGGAAGAGCACCUGUUAUUACAACAGCUUCAGAAGCAGCAGCAGCAACAACAGCUUCGUCAGAAUUCGUCUGUGCCAUUUAUUGAACAAAUUCAAGGUUCUCUGCAGCAUCAGCAGUCAGUUAACCAGUAUAUGCCAGAGUUGGAGCAAUUUUUGAAACUUCAGUUAGAGGAGCAACAUCAUCUUCAACAGCUGCAGCAGCAACAAGAAUUGCAUCAGCAACAACAGCAACUUCAGCUCCAAAUGCAACUAAUGCAACAGAAGCAACAGCAGCAACAGCAGCAACAGCAAGAGUUGCUUUUCGAACAUUUGCUGCAGCAGCAGUUGAAUGACCCUGUUUUUGCAGCUUCGCAUGUUGACCAGGUCUUAUUUAAACAGCGUCUCUUGCAUGAAUUGCAACAACAGGCUCUUCAUGCCUCCCAACACCUUGAGCCAUCAAUUGAGGAGCUUAUGCAGGCAAAGUUCAGGCACGACCUUCAUCCUGAACAUCGUAGUGAACUGUUGAAACAACGACUACAUUUAGGUCUUCAACAGGAGAAAAUUUCUCGCCCAAGGCAUAGGCCUUUGCUUCCCAUAGAA